CCACAGAGGGAUAACAUAUGUGGGAGACCAAGCAGAGUCAGAACAGAGAGAGUAGACAAAGGAGCUCUUGGACUGGUCUUAUUUCCUGUUGUUGGAUUAUUUCUCUCCAGUCAGGAUCUACAUAUGUUUGCAUCUCUGGAUAAAAGUAUACAAGGAUGAAAGUUUGAAGUGUAAAUGUGAUUGGAGCUACUUGUAGAUAUGGAUACAUCCUUUGCUGUGAGGUCUCUUCUCCUAGCCCUGUUCUCUCUCCAUCUGCACUUCUACCUUCACGUCAGGGCCGCAAUGGACUCCUGCUAUGAUGAUGAGGGUGGGCCAAGCCGCUGUAUGCCCAAGUUUGAGAAUGUCGCCUUUAAUCGCACGGUGGUGGCAUCAAACGUGUGUGGUUCCCCACCUGAGGACUACUGCAUGCAGACCGGCUCAACGCGCUCAUGCCACAACUGUGAUGCAUCAGAUCCAGAACUGAACCACAAUACCAGCUUCCUCACAGACUUUCACAGGAAUGAGGAGCCCACGUGGUGGCAGAGCCAGUCCAUGUACUAUGGUAUCCAACAUCCCAGUUCUGUCAACAUCACCCUCCAUCUGGGGAAGGCCUUCGAGAUAACCUAUAUACGAUUGAAAUUCUACACCAGUCGGCCGGAGAGCUUUGCCGUCUACAAGCGCACGGAGGAGAACGGGGACUGGUUGCCUUACCAGUAUUACAGUGGCUCUUGUGGCAAGACCUACGGGAAGGACGCGAAAGGUUAUAUCCGCCCUGGGGAUGAUGAAAGGACUGCUUUAUGUACAGACGAGUUCAGUGACAUCUCUCCCCUCACCGGUGGAAACGUGGCUUUCUCCACUCUGGAAGGUCGACCCAGUGCGUACAACUUUGACCAAAGUCUGGUCUUGCAGGAAUGGGUGACAGCAACCGACCUGCUCAUCUCUUUGGACAGGCUCAACACCUUUGGAGACGAGUUUUUCAAGGACGCUAAAGUGUUGCGCUCGUACUUCUACGCCAUCUCUGAUUUCUCUGUGGGUGGCAGAUGUAAGUGCAACGGUCAUGCCAGCGAGUGCGUUGAGGGGGAACACGGAGGCCUGGUCUGCGCCUGCCAACAUCACACAGUGGGAGCCGACUGCCAGAGAUGUCACCCCUUGUACCAGGACAGACCCUGGGCCAGGGCCACCGGGGACUCCGCCAACGAGUGCCUGAAGUGCAACUGCAGCGGGAGAUCAGACGAAUGUGUGUUUGACGUGGAGCAGUACCGCAGCACCGGCAGUGGGGGGCGCUGCCUGAGCUGCAGAGACAACACCGACGGGCCCCAUUGUGAGAGCUGCAAAGAUAACCACUACCGGAAAUCUCCGGAAGAGCCCUGCCUCCCCUGCAACUGCAAUAUCAAUGGCUCAGUGAGUCUGCAGUGUGAUGUCGAGGGAAGGUGUGCGUGUCGAGUUGGCGUGACAGGGGGGAAGUGUGACACGUGUCAGGCUGACUUUCACUCGCUCGGCCCUGGUGGCUGCAGGCCAUGUGAAUGUGAGCCCAGCGGGAGUGUGGACAAUUGCUCUCCUCUGAAUGGACGUUGUUACUGCAAACCAAACGUGGAGGGACAAAGCUGUGACAGAUGCAAGCCAGGAUUUUUCAAUCUACAAGAAGUAAACCCAGCUGGCUGCCAGCCGUGUUUCUGCUUUGGCCACUCGCUGGCCUGCUCCUCGUCCAAUCACUAUGUUGCUGUCAACAUCACCUCUGACUUCACUGAAGAUCAGGACGGCUGGUUGGGGGAGUUCUUCGGAGGGCAGGAGUACCCCCUGCUGUGGAAGGAAGGCGAGGUUUACCUGCUGCCUCUUACCGAGGAAGACAUAGGCUUCUACAAAGCCCCUGAGAAAUUCCUGGGUUUCCAAGUCCACAGCUACGGCCAGCUUCUCUCCAUCACCUUCACCUCGGAGACCCCCGAGCUGCUCCCCAACCACGUCACCCUGCUCCUCCAAGGCGCUGGAACCGCCCUGUCUGCCGACCUUUCACCCCAACCGCCGCUCGGCCAUGACCCCGGCCUCACACCGCGCCGCUCUUUCGUUGUCAGGCUUCAUGAAAAUGAGAGGAGAUUUAAACCUUCGCUGUCGGCCUUUGAGUUCCAACAUCUUCUCUCCAAACUGACAGCUCUCAAAAUCAGCAAUGCUGGAGGACACAACUACACGUCGCAGCUUGCAGGGGUGACUCUGACCUCAGCCUUCAGCUCCUCCAGUCCAGCCAGUCCUCCAGUCCCAUGGGUGGAAUCUUGUUCCUGUCCCCCGGGGUUUGUCGGCCAGUUUUGUGAGCGGUGCGCCCCAGGAUUCACCCGCGAAGACCCCAGCAGAGGGCCCCUCUCAACAUGCGUGCCGUGCAACUGCCACAACCAUGGCACCUGUCAUCCAGAGACAGGUGUGUGUGAGUGUUCAGACUUCACCGCUGGGAUGACCUGCGGGGUGUGCCUGAACGGUUACUAUGGCAACGCUUUGAUUGGCACACCUGCUGAUUGUCAGCCUUGCCCUUGCCCAGACCAGACCAGCUGUGCCCAAAUUGCGGAGACAGGACAGGUGGUCUGCACCAACUGCCCUGCAGGACAGACAGGGAUGCGCUGUCAGAUGUGUGAAGAUGGUUACUAUGGUGACCCCCUGGGACAGUCUGGGCCAGUGCGGCCAUGUGUGAGAUGCGACUGCAAUGGCAAUGUGGAUUUCAACGCAGUGGGUAUAUGUGACCGCAUCACUGGGAGAUGUCUGAAGUGCCUGGGACACACAGAGGGUGAACACUGCCAACGGUGCCAGCGUGGUUUCUACGGCAACGCCCUGGACCAGGCAGCUGGACAGAAGUGCAAGCCCUGCAGCUGCAGUUCUGCUGGAACCUCUGGAUAUGUAAAUGAAUGCCACCCUCAGACAGGAAAUUGCCUUUGCCUCAGCCAUGUGACCGGACGGGACUGCAGUUAUUGUGAAGUUGGUUUCUUCAACCUCCAGCCAGGCUUUGGAUGUGAAAGGUGCAAAUGUAAUGCAAUUGGUUCGUCGUCAUCGGCGUGCCAUCCAAUCACAGGGCAGUGUGUGUGUCGUGCAGGAGUGGAGGGGAGGCUGUGUGAUUCUUGCCGUGUGGGCUUCUUUGGAUUCUCGUCACGAGGUUGCAGAGCCUGUAACUGUGAUCCAAUGGGCUCCAUUUCCAUGCAGUGUCACAGUAAUGGUACCUGCCACUGUCGCCAGGGCUUCGUGGGUUACAAGUGUGACAAAUGUGAGCUGAACUAUUUCCACAACAGAGCCACACACCAGUGUGAGGAAUGUCCAGUUUGCUAUGGCCUUGUCAAGAAACAGGCAGAAAAGCUUCGGACUCGGCUGCAGGAUUUGGAGAAGCUCCUGGCUCACUUUGAUUGCCGGGGUAGAUUUGGGAAGCAGCACCACCUGCUGAAGUAUCACAUGGCCCGGCUUUAUGAGCACGAGCACCAGAGGGAGGAUACUUUACCCAACGCUCUGGAGGAUUUUCUGGCCUUCCAAGAGGCACGGGAGACCUUCAUAAAACAAUUUUCCUUGCUGGAAGCUUCUACAGGCUCACUUUUAGCCCAGCUGCAUGGCAUUACAUCUACUUUGAACUGCAGCAUCAGCAAGACAGAGGAAGAUGGGAAGGAGAGGAGGAAGGAUGAAAGCGGAAAGGGUGUGUGUCAAACCUUCACUGAAACUCUGCUCAUGAUCACAGCAUCUCAGAAGCAGCUAAAGCAGGCAACGCUGAACUUGGAUAGCAUGAUCUUUCCUUUUGAGGUGGCGCCAGGACCGAACAAAUGGAACAUUAUGGUCAAUGACUCACAGGUCUUAAUGAAAAGCCACAGAGAAACAGCAGACCACAUUGAGGCCGUAGCCAGCAGAGCAGUAAGAGCCUCAAAGCAGACUUUCAGCUUCCUGAUGGAUCUACUGCAGGACAACUCCACAGAGGAGUACAUCAGGAACCUAACAGAGCAAAUAACACAAAUGCAGCAGCAGAAGGAAAACCUGACAGUGCAGCUGAAUGAUACUGUUGCCCAACAGCUGGCCCUGGAGGAAGAAGCUGCUGGUUUAAAGCUUGCUCUGGGUAACAUCACAUCAUCCUUAUAUCAGCUGGGUAUGACGGAUGCCAGUCCAUCACCGGAGGCUGACCAAACACACUUCAACCAGACACAUCCAGCAAAUUACAUAACAGAGCGGGGUGUGAACCUGGUGAAACAGACGGAGGAGCUGGACCAGCAAAUUCAGGCCAAGCACAAUCUCACUGGUAAAAUCCGAGAGGAAAUGGAGCCUUUAUUCCAGGCAGCCAAUAAGAGCAUGGAGACAGUGGAAGACAUCAACAAGCUGCAAGCUCAUGCUCAAGAGGCAAAGGUUGCGGCUUUGUCAUCCGUAGUGACAGGGAAAGAGGUGGAAUCAGAAGCCAUCGCCCUGCACAAACAACUCGAAAAAAUGGUGGCAGAGUGGCCCCGUCGGCAGGCCCAGACAAAGGCUGCAAUGAAGAAGGAGAAACCCUUGCAGGAAAAGGUCCUAGCUGAUGUCAGGAAGAAGGUUUCACAAAUUGAGAAGAUGCUAAAACCAGCUCUGGAAAACUCCAGCCUGUCAAGCAACACCACAAAGGAGGCAGAACAAACAGCACAUGCUGUUGGAAAGGACUCCAAAGCCAUUCUGACCCAGGCCAAGCACACCAGAACUGCAUCUGGUCACCUUAGCUCGCAUAUAGACUCUGUUUUACAGCAGCUGUCUGCACAGGAGCUGCUAACUGACAAGGCAACAUCCCAGAUCACUUCAGAGCCUGAGGUGUCCCUGACCGGCAUAAAGGAAGACAUGGAGGCAGCCAAGCUCCAGCUAGAGACCUAUUCUCUUACACUAACUGAGCUAAUCAGCAAGAUUGAUGGGAACGUGCCACUGGAGCGAUUUGACCGGAUCUUGAAUGAGACAGUGCGCCGUCUGAGCAUGCUCCGCGGGAGCGUGGAGAGCCCAACGCUGGGCUCUAAGUUUCUGAAGCUGAAUUCGGCUGCUAAAGAACAGCAGAAGCGGCUGUCCCUUAUUGAACAGGACAUACAGGAGAUCAGGGAGGAGAGAGACAGUCUCAGGGACAUUGCCUUAAACCUGCCCAAGUCCUGCCCCCAGGCCACAGGAGUGGGCAAAGGCUAGAUACCGUAGAUGACAAGGAUGGCAUCAUUGAUAAGACAGCUAAACAUCACAAAAGUAUCAGUGGAUUUUACUGAGAAAAGGAGCUGUGGUCAUUUUUUAUUCAACUUCAAAAAACUCGGUGAUAUCUUUUCAUAUUUUUCCCCUCUAUCUACCUUCUGCCCCAAGCUGCAAUUUAUUUCACCAGCACAUUCCACUGACAUGCACACAUUUCAACCAAAAGCCUCAGACUUCUCCACUGUUUCCCAUGAUUUAUACCUAAUCUUCCUCCUUCUUCUUGUUUUUUUCGUCCUUUCUUUCUUUUGCUUCUCUCUUUUUACCAGCAACAUCCGAACUUCAAUUUCACUGUGAAUAAUAAUCAGUCGUUCUGAACUGCUGGAGUGCACUGUCAGUUUUAAAAUAAUGCUGAUUUUCCUUUGUGGGGGUAAAAGGUGUGUCUGAGUGCCUCUUCAGACUGACACAUUCAUUUACACUUGAGCUCUUUUUCAUCAGUGCGGCUUAAUUAACAAUUAGUCGUCUUGGCCUCAGUGGGGUUCAGGUCGGGCUUCAACAGCACACAACCUGUUGUCAGGAUUAUUACUGCGCCUACCUCUUGGUUUUUGUGGUUUCUGCAUUCUUCUGUCUCUCUGUGCCACUAUCAAAUAGGUAAACAUCCAUUGUCCUUUAGUUGACACUGGUCUAACUGCUAAAACUUAAAAGCAAAUGAUUGUUGUAUGUAUGAGUUCACAAGUCUUGUCAGUAGAUGAUUUACAUUUAAAUAAUCUACUGACAAGACUUUUGAAGACGUUAUACUAAAUGUAUGUAAUCAGAUCUAAUCAAGAAUCAAAUCUAGACAAGUGCUCUCAUCAUAUUUUCCCAUUCACAUAUCUACUUCUGCUUGUAAUAAUUCUAACCAUAUUGUGAGUAUGUAAGGCCAUCACACAGAAAACUGUCAGACAGUAAAAUAUUCAAUAAAGGGCCAUUAUGCAUAAUGUAUCUAUUUUUUAGUAGACACUACAGUACAACGGUUUUAUAUUGUACUAGAAUGUACAAUGGAAGAGCUACACAGAGAUGAGAAAAUUCUUGUAAACAAUGUAGAAACAUAUCAAGGAACACUCAGAAGACAAAAACAAUAAAAUCGGUAUUCAACCUUU